AUGCCUCCUCGUGGAAACGGCGGUUCCAAACCGCUGCUCAAAAGAAAAACUCCCACUUUGAAGCAAAGACAGGCCAGAACCAACAAGAUCAUCAAGGCAGAUGCACUCCAAUGGAAAGCAGUAGAUAUCCCAGACCACAUGGAAGAUUAUGGUGGUUUAUUUGGAAUCGAAGAGCUCGAAGGUGUGGAUGUGAAGAUGGUUAACGGUAAGCCAGAGUUUAUUACUCACGAGAGUGACUUGGAGAACAGUGACGAUGAGUUCUUGGGAUUUGAUGAUGGUCCUAAGAAGAAGAAGCAGAAGAAGGAAGCCAAGAAGAAGGAGGACGCUAAGAAGAAGGAGGAGGCCAAGGAAUCGGAUGAUAAGGAUGGCGGGAAGAAGGAGAACACUAAGAACGACAAAAAAGAUAAGAAGAACAAGAAGAAUAAGAAAGAGACUAAGACUGAACAGAAGGAAGAUACAGAUGAAAGUGGUCUUUCUGCUAAUGCUUUUGCUGGUUUGGAUAUUCCCCUUCCAGACGAUAAUAUUGAUUUGCCACAGUGGGACAAGAUCGAGCUCAGCCCGUACCUUCUAAACGGUCUCCAGCUGCUUGGGUUUAAGACUCCUACUGCUAUCCAGAAACUGGCUAUUCCUUUGGCCUUAACUGGUAAAGAUGUCAUUGGUAAGGCUACUACUGGUUCCGGUAAGACGCUUGCGUAUGGUCUUCCCAUUCUUGAAAGACAUAUCCAGAAGUUGGACGAGAUCAAGGAAAGCAGAGCAAAUAAGGUCAUUCCUCCACCUUCCGGUGUGAUUUUCGCUCCAACCAGAGAAUUGGCCCACCAGGUCGUGGACCAUUUGAAUAAGAUCUCCAAGUAUGCUCCACUUCCACAGCACGGCAUUGUUUCUAUCACUGGUGGUCUUUCUAUCCAGAAACAAGAGCGUUUGUUGGAAUACGGUCCAAGUAUCAUUGUGGCUACUCCAGGUCGUCUUCUUGAACUUAUAGAGAAGAACAACGACUUGGCUGCCAGAUUAGGUGCCACUGAAACUGUUGUUCUUGAUGAAGCUGACAGAUUGUUGCAGGAUGGCCACUUUGAAGAGUUUGAGAAGAUUCUUGAGCUUUUUAUUAAGAACAGAGACUCCAAGUAUGGUUACAAAUGGCAGACGUUGGUGUUUUCUGCCACUUUCUCCAAGGAUCUCUUUGGUAAACUAGACAAGAAGGGUAAGCCAAAGGAAAACAAAAAGGCAUACAAUGGUGGUCUUAUUGGAAACACCGAAAUCUUGGAACUUUUAUCCAAGAAGCUUCGUUUCAAGGACCCAAAGCCUUCGCUUUGUGACGCUAACCCUAAGGAGAUUGUUUCUGGUCAGGUUACUGAAGCACUUGUGGAGUGUGGUGCUUCAGAAAGAGACUUGUUCUUGUACUACUUCUUGCUCAUGUACCCAGGCUCUACCUUGGUGUUUGCCAAUGCUGUUGACUCUGUCAAGAGACUUGUACCCUUCUUGGAGAGUCUCCAGAUCCCAGCUUUCUCCAUCCACUCGUCUAUGGUCCAGAAACAAAGAUUGCGUGCUCUUGAACGUUUCAAGGCAUCUACAGAAAAGAACAAGACAUCCGUUCUUAUUGCAUCAGAUGUGGCUGCCAGAGGUUUGGAUAUUCCUCACAUUGACCAUGUGGCACAUUACCAUUUGCCCAGGUCAGCAGAUGUGUAUAUUCAUCGUUCUGGUAGAACAGCCAGAGCAGGCCAGGAAGGUGUUUCGGUGAUGUUCUGCUCUCCACAAGAAGCAUCUGGUCCAUUUAAGAAGUUGAGAAACCUUGUUGCUGCAAGUGCUGAGAAGCUGUCUAAGGUUUCUGGAAAAGGUGAUCUCAAGAUGUUAGAUAUUGACUAUGAUCUUGUUACUCAGCUUCGAGAGAGAGUCCGUAUUGCCUCCAAGUUGGCUGACUCUUCUAUUGCAUCUACUGCUACCAGGAAAGAGAACUCUUGGGUUCAGCAGGCUGCUGAGGACUUGGGAAUUGAAGAUCUUGACGGUAUUGAGGAUUUUGAAGAUGACGUUAUCAAGAAGCAGAAAAAGAGAAACGAAGGUAAAAAGCUUACAAACGAAGAAAGCAAGAUUGAAAAAGCCAAGCUCAGAGAGCUCUUAUCGAUUCCACUCAGGAAGAACCACAGAAGAUCUUACCUUACAAGUGGUCUUGAGAACUUGGCUCACCAGAUCGUUUCUGGAAAGACGUCAGAGACUGUUUUAGGUAGAGCUGCAGUCAAGGCCUUGGACGAACUUAAAGGCCCAAAGAAGGGUAAGAAGAAGCAGAAAUAA